AUGAGCAGCACCUUGAGCGGAUUUGAGGUCUUGACCAGGACCCUCGAGUGGGAGCUGUUUGACCACAUCGACCACCCGGUGCCGGAGGGCAAAAGCCCCAGUGACGUGUGCUUCCCCUGGGCCCCCUGGGUCACGGUGAUCGGCUUUCUGGGCGGCAUGAUCAGCCUUUGCACCGCUCCCUAUUUCAGCUGCGCUGGGUCCUCCCUUUGCUUCUUGGACAUGGUUUGUAUUGACCAAACGGACUCGGAGUUGAAGGAGCGUGGCGUUUAUGGCAUUGGAGGCUGGCUGUCCGUGAGUACAGAGCUGCGGAUUCUGUGGAGCCCGCCCUAUUUCUCGAGGCUUUGGUGCGUUUUCGAAUUGGCCGCAUACCGCACCGCCAAUCCUGAAGGACACAUUACUUUCCAGCCGGUCUUCGUUGAAAACCUGGUCCUCACUGCUACGUGUUUUGGCUUCAUGGCCCAAUUGAUUGACCUCACGGAACGACAGUUUCCCACCAUCUCGGGUGUCCGAGCGGUUGGAAUUACUGUGGACUGCAUCAUCCUGGUGGUCUUGAUUUGGCACCUCCAACGGCGCUGGCGGCAGCAACGCUCCGCCCUGGCGGACCUCGCGGCCUUUGACAUGGACGGCGUCAGCUGCAGCGACGCCUUUGACCGAGCCUUUGUCACCUCGGCCAUCGAGGGCUGGUAUGGUGGUCUUGAUGGCUUUACCCGCUAUGUGCGGGGUCCGGUGAGGGAGGAGCUUCUCGAACGCUUCGAAUCUUUGCAUUUGCCGUUCUCCUUCUACAAUGCCAUGGUGCUCCCUUUCCUUGGGCUGUACAUCGAUUAUGCCUUGGCCAUGCAGAUGGCUGAGGGCCAUUCCACCAAGGAGGAGGUCGCUUCUCACUUUUUCUCCAAGGGCUUGCCUCGGUAUUUUUGUUUGCUGAUUUGUGUGAAGCUUUCCUUUGACUUGGCGCACCGCUACGCUCACCGCAGACAGACGACUUGGGUGGAUCUCAAAGCGACGGUGGCCAUUACCAUGAUUUUCACGGUGAUGAACUUGACCACUCAGACCUUGGCGCCGAUAUGCUACGAUGCAGGGCUUGGCGCGUCCUUGGCUACUGCUUCAGUCCAUGGCCUGGCAGCCCUCCUCGUGUACGCACUCCCCCACCUGCUCCGCCGCAGAGCUGGCGCGAGUGAAGCGGAGCCAGAGGAGCUGCCCGCGGCCUCAUGA